CCCCGCCCUCUCACCCCGCUGCUUCUAGGUUCUGGGAAGAUGGCGAAGGUCUCAGAGCUUUACGAUGUCACUUGGGAAGAAAUGCGAGAUAAAAUGAGAAAAUGGAGAGAAGAAAACUCACGAAAUAGUGAGCAAAUUGUGGAAGUUGGAGAAGAAUUAAUUAAUGAAUAUGCUUCUAAGCUUGGAGAUGAUAUUUGGAUCAUAUAUGAACAGGUGAUGAUUGCUGCACUAGACUAUGGUCGGGAUGACUUGGCAUUGUUUUGUCUUCAAGAACUAAGAAGACAGUUCCCUGGCAGUCACAGAGUCAAGCGAUUAACAGGCAUGAGAUUUGAAGCCAUGGAAAGAUAUGAUGAUGCUAUACAGCUGUAUGAUAGGAUUUUACAAGAAGAUCCAACUAACACUGCCGCAAGAAAGCGUAAGAUUGCCAUUCGAAAAGCCCAGGGGAAAAAUGUGGAGGCCAUUCGGGAACUGAAUGAGUAUCUGGAACAAUUUGUUGGAGACCAAGAAGCCUGGCAUGAACUUGCAGAACUUUAUAUCAAUGAACAUGACUAUGCAAAAGCAGCCUUUUGUUUAGAGGAACUAAUGAUGACUAAUCCACACAACCACUUAUACUGUCAGCAGUAUGCUGAAGUUAAAUAUACCCAAGGUGGACUUGAAAACCUCGAACUUUCAAGAAAGUAUUUUGCACAGGCAUUGAAACUGAACAACAGAAAUAUGAGAGCUUUGUUUGGGCUUUAUAUGUCAGCAAGUCAUAUUGCUUCUAAUACAAAAGCAAGUGCAAAAACGAAAAAGGACAACAUGAAAUACGCUAGUUGGGCGGCUAGUCAAAUAAACAGAGCUUAUCAGUUUGCAGGUCGAAGUAAGAAGGAAACCAAAUAUUCUCUUAAGGCAGUCGAAGACAUGUUGGAAACAUUACAGAUCACCCAGUCUUAAGGUUUCAAAACUUUUUGACAUUAGAUUUCAAAACUGCACAAUUGAACUUCUUGGCCUGUAACUUACUUACUAAAUGCCCAGUGCUAUUUAUAUACUACAGUAAUUUUCUGUUAAGAAGGCAGUUGUAAAGAAUGUGUUUAUAUAAACCUAAAAAUGCCUUUUACUGCUAAGUGGGAAGAUGGGGGAAAUCCAUGGAAGAGAGAUUUAAGACUUAUUGAUUGUACAUCAGUCUCUUCAUAUCACACACACACACACACACACACACACACACACACACACAUAAACUCUAAUGUAGAAUAACCUUGUUAAAUAAAUUGUGAUGAUUUAUUAAACUUG